ACCCGAGCGCGUCGACCAGACCACCACCAAGCCCACCCGGCCUGCCGGAUAGCAGAGGGCAGAGCAGAGGAGAGGACGCGCACGCCAUGUCAGGCUCGCCGCCAAAGCCAUGGGAGCGUUCUGGAGGUGAGGGCACGGCUGGUCCGGCACCUUUCAAGCCUCCAUCUGGUGGCAGCACCAGCGAUGUCGUCGAAGCCUCUGGCACUGCUAAACCUGGAGAAAACGUCUCCGCGGCAGAACGGAAUGCCUCUGGCAAUGUAAAUAGCACUGUCUCGAGGCCUGUGCCGCAACGGCCUUGGCAGCAGACAGGCUACGGAAACACCUAUGGAGGUGCAGGAUAUGGAUCCAACAUGUAUAGUUCGUACGGUGGAUACGGCAACAGUUAUGGUACUGGUGGGCUCUAUGGAAACAGCAUGUACUCGAGUUACGGAGGUGGUUAUGGUGGAGGCAUGUACGGUGGUGGCGGGAUGUAUGGUGGAGGCAUGUACGGUGGUGGCGGGAUGGGAGGAUAUGGUAGUUACGGCAUGGGUGGAAUGGGUGGCAUGGGUGGUAUGGGAAUGGGUCCUUAUGGUAAUCAGGAUCCAAAUGCAAUGGGCCCUCCGGCAUCACCGCCAGGUUUCUGGGUGUCCUUCCUUCGAGUGAUGCAUGGUGUCGUUAAUUUCUUUGGGCGAAUCUCGUUUCUUGUUGAACAGAAUACUCAAGCAUCCUAUUUUUUCAUGACAGCCAUGUUGCAGCUCUUUGAUCGAUCUGGUAUGCUCUAUGGCGAGCUUGCACGUUUUGUGCUGCGUCUGCUAGGAGUCAAAAGAAAGCCAAAGAAGGGCAGCCUUCAGGGACCAGAGGCCCCGGCGUUUGAGGGACCCAGCCAGCCGUUCAUGGAGGCACCGAAAGGUGGAAACAACUGGGACAACGUCUGGGGAAAUUAAGAUGCCUGCGUGCACAGUAAGAUUUAUCAUAUAGAAAUACAUACAGUUUAAGAAGCAAAACACAGGACUUGCCUAUCUUUUGGAUCAGAAAAGAGGAUUCCAGUUCGGAUAUCUGUUUGCGGCGGGGACUAGGGGAAGUUGUGAAGAAAUUGCUGUGCAUAUUCUGUCUUUCACAACUUUGCGUUGCUUUGGCCCAUCACACCAGCAGAGUUUCAUCGCGACUGUAACCCUGAUGAAGAUCGGUUUACCAGUACGCUGAUUUGUAGCUGCUGUUGUGGUAGGUGGGUAUUGGUUGUAUAUCUCUCUGGGUAUAGUUGCCGUGAAGAGAGUACAGUAAAUGUAUGUGUACCUUUACCAUCUUAUCUAAUUUGGCUUUGAACCCUUCUGUUGUGAACUUGUGAUGUGCCUUUUUUGAGAGUAUGCUUGAUCA